CGGUGUUGCAAAGCCAAAUCUGCAGAAUGAUAUUUCCAGCCCGUCUUUUCCGCAUUGCUGCCGCAUCACCUGUCAAAAAAGCUGUGAACAUGGCCUCGGCUGUCCUCGGUCGCCUGCUCAGGCUGUCAGCUGUCAGAAACGGGCCCCUCUCACCGCCGAGCCCCUCCACCGUGCCGGGGCGGACCGUGACGCCGAGCCGGACGGCCGUGUGCACGUCAAGCGGCGCCCUUCUGCCCAAACCCAAGAAGACCCCCUUCGGCCUUAUCCGGAUCGCUCUGGUAGUGGUUCCCUUCUUGUAUGUGGGGACUCAGAUCAGCAAGAGCUUUGCGGCGCUGCUGGAGGAGCACGACAUAUUCGUCCCGGAGGACGACGACGACGAUGACUGAUCAGACGAUUGAUGUUUUUAGCGCUACCAAGUGUCAGUGAACACCAACGUAGAGAAAUGCCUUCCUGGAGGUCCUGUUGCCAUCACCCUAAAUCACCUCCGCCUGCACUCGUUUCAGGGAUUUUGCUCCUAUUUGACAUACACAGACUGCCGCUACAUUUUCCUAUCGUACUGUAUUUGCAUGCACUACAAGAGUCUUAAUAAAAAGAAAACUCUAGCAAAACUCAA